GGGGCUCCGUGCCUCGCCCCCCUGCGGCACCGCGGCGGCUGCCUCCCCCUGAGCAGCGAGACUCGGAGGCGGCCAUUAGGUGUCCGCGCCCAUCGCCGGACGUUCUCUGAGCCCGCGGCGGGGAGUGUUCUGUGUGUGUGACAGGCGGGGAGGGGAGGGGAGGGCAGGGCGUGCGCGUGACGCCCUCCGCGCUCCGCCUCCUGCUCCUUGCUCCCGGCGCCGCCGAGCUCGGCCCGCUGCGGGUGCAGUCAUGGAGCUGGAGCGUGAGUGCCGGGUGCUCUCCAUCCAAAGCCACGUCGUCCGCGGCUACGUGGGCAACAAGGCGGCCACCUUCCCCCUGCAGGUUUUGGGAUUUGAAGUUGAUACGGUGAACUCUGUUCAGUUUUCAAAUCAUACAGGUUAUGCCCACUGGAAGGGUCAGGUGUUAAAUUCAGAAGAGCUUCAUGAACUGUAUGAAGGACUUAAGCUGAACAAGGUCAACCGGUACGAUUAUGUACUCACAGGGUAUACAAGAGACACAUCGUUUCUUGCAAUGGUGGUGGACAUUGUCCAGGAGUUGAAGCAACAGAAUUCUAACCUAGUAUAUGUAUGCGAUCCAGUGAUGGGUGACAAAUGGAAUGGAGAAGGCUCUAUGUAUGUGCCCAAGGAUCUUCUCCCAGUCUACAGGGACAAAGUUGUACCUGUUGCUGAUAUAAUUACUCCUAACCAGUUUGAAGCAGAGUUACUCACGGGCAGGAAGAUUCACACAGAAAAGGAAGCUUUAGAGGUAAUGGAUAUGCUCCAUGCCAUGGGACCAGAGACUGUGGUGAUCACAAGCUCAGACCUACAAGCACCUCUAGGAAACGACUACCUAAUUGCUCUGGGAAGCCACAGGAAAACUAAAGCAGAUGGUACCAAGAUGACACAAAGAAUUCGAGUGGAGUCUCCUAAAGUGGAUGCUGUCUUUGUUGGAACAGGAGACUUGUUCGCUGCUAUGCUUUUGGCAUGGACACAUAAGCAUCCAAACAAUUUGAAGGUAGCAUGUGAAAAGACUGUGUCAGCCAUGCAGCAUGUUCUGCAAAGGACCAUUAAGAGUGCAAAAGCACAAGCUGGAGAAGGAAACAAACCAAACUCAGCCCAGCUGGAACUCAGAAUGGUCCAAAGCAAAAAAGACAUAGAAAACCCAGAGAUCAUAGUGAAAGCCACAGUGUUAUAAAGGUUGUAUGUCUCCAAUAACGCACAAUGUAUUGAUGUCCUCAUUUCUUUCCUGUAAAUUGUAAUAUUUGCCUUAGAUCUGUGACAGAAAUCUGACUUUCAUGAAAUAGUGCCCAGCAUAGGCAGAUAUCCACUCUCAAACAUAUGUGCUGGCCUUGCUCAGUUUUAAAAACAAGUUGGUGUGCAUUGAAGCAUAUUGGCGGGCAUCAAAAUGGCUGUCAAAUUCAUGUGGUCUGUGUAAUUACCCAGGGCAAGAGAGUACAAUGUUCACAAUGUUCCUGCCUUGCCAAAGACUUUAGAUGUGAAUUUGCUAAUGGAAUGCUUGACUGACUGGAAAAUAUUUUUCAAGAUGGCAUCCAGGGCCAAUGGAGCUGGCUCCAUGCUCGCUUUUCCUGGAGGUAUCUGGUUACCUACUCUGGUAUUCAGUAUCUCAGCUGCUAUGAAACUAAGCAGGGUUAAAACUACACAUAAAGUUCUGAUUGUGUGUAGGAGUACUUUGAAGAUGUUUGGCAUUUAAGUUCUCUGAAGUGACCUUGAGGAGUCAUUCACAUUACUGAUAACUGCUCCUGUUUCUUGUCUAUGAAGAGCUGCACAGUUUCAGUUUUUGCAGGUACUGGCUGCUUAUUUCUGAUGUCUAUGGGCACCCACAUGAUUUUCUUCCAAAAGCUGCUCCAGAAACAUCUUCAUUAAUAUGAAUUCAGUAGCACUGAUUAGAAGUUUGUAGUUCUGCCUCUGAGGCCAGGUUUGAUUCUUUGUUUAUUUUUAACUAAGGACAAACAAUCUGUAAGGACAAAAGAGAAAGCAGCUCUUGCCCUGAAAGCUGGCUUCCCUAGUUUGUUCUUCAUGGACAGAUGCAUUUACAAACUGCCCAGGGCACUUACAUUUAACAGUAGUGAGCAGUAUGGGCAGGCUUAUCAAUGAAGCAAUGUUGUAAAAGUAGUAUUUGUGAUUUACUAAACCUUACUAAACUAUGUAUGUUUACCAGAUGCAGUAAAACAUACAACAUUAAUUUGUUCAUAAUGUCUCUGUAGCCUACACUGAUUAGAGAUGACAGAAAUUCAUUAUUAUUAAUGCAUCUUUAUUUCAAAAUUCCCUUCAUAAGGUUUCAAAAUUGGAUUUUUAAUAAUUUCAGCAUCCUAUACAUCACACGCACGUACUACACAAGUAGGGCAGAUACGCUGACAGUACUGACCACUUGUACUUCUAUAUGAUUUCUGAAUGAAACUGAGGUUCUUGCUUUUCCCAAGAUGAGGUCUAGUGUGAUGUUAAAACCAAAUUCAGCUGAUGAGCUUUAUUUGUUUAAGAUGUAUAGGGAGCUUAAAAUUGCAUUUCUAUUUCCAGUGACAUGAAGCAAAUUUGUAUUAGUGGAAAGGACUAAUUUUAACUUGAUUACUCGAGUAUGCUCAGGAAACUCACUCUUGGGUAUCUCCAAGAUAACUUUUCCUGUAUCUUCCUCAUCACACCUGCCUAACAGAUAGUGUCACCUGCAUAGCUUGGGAGUCCCCAGAAGAGCUGGUUUGGAGAUUGCUUUGGCCACUGAAGUCUUCAUUUAUCCAACUAUUUUUGUGGAUUUUCUGCCAUUGAAAAAGUUAAUUGGUUUCACCUAGUAGAAGAGUAAUUUAUCCUUAAGGUGAAUUUUUGGCUGAACAGAUUCUUUUUUAUCUAGUAAGAUUUCAUAAUUAAUAAUAAUUUUGAAAUCCCCCAUAUUUUUCAUUUCAUGAAGCAAAUGAAAUUUAAGAGAUGAACACGUUUUGCAGUAAAUGUAAGAGGCAAACUUUAGGCUUUCAGUCACAACAAUGAAUAAUAAUUUUUUUCUCUCAUGCAUUUGACAUUUAAAAAAAAAAAUAAAUUCGUAUGUUGUGAGACUUUUAAGGAGGGUGGAAACCCCACCAGAAACAGCCUACAGAAUGUGACUCUCCUGCCACAGUUUUUAGUAACCACUGCCAUAAAAUAACUUUCUAGCAAUAAUAAUAUCAGGGAUGUGAACAGUUGCUAAAAUUAUCAGUCAGUAAUAGAGAUGCUAGGGUAAGGGUUGGACCGGAUGAUCUUAAAGGUCUUUUCCAACCUGGUUGAUACUAUGAUUCUAUGAGCUCAUGGCUGGUAGCCAGCAUGGAAAAAGACAUAAACUAUCUUGACAGUAUGUAUAAAUAUCUUAUGGGAAGAGGUGAAGAAGAAGGAACCAGGCUCUUCUUGCUGGUGCCCAGCAAAAGAGUAAGAGGCAAUGGGCACAAAUUGAAAUACAGGAAAUUACAUUUAAACAUUAAAAAAAUAUAAAUCACUGUGAUAGAACACUGGCACAGGUUGCCCAGAGAGCUUGUAGAGUCUCCACCCUUGGAAAUACUCAAAACCUGACUGAACAUGUCCCAGAGCAACCUGCUGUACUUGACCUUGCUUGUGCAGUGGGACUGGACUAGAUGAUCUCCAGAGGUCACUUCCAGCCUCAACCAUUCUGUGAUUCUGUGAAGUACAACAAAUUGCCUUUCUUUGCGGCGCUGUAUUUUUAAAUUAAUGCAAAUAGUUUAUUUCUUCCUGAGACACGAACUUCCAGACAUGCUAGGAGAUAGCUCAGCAUUAAUAAUUUGCCCCCUUUUUAGAUAUGCUGCUUUUUGCUUGGGCAGUUGUGCCAGGAAUGCAGUUGCCUUUUUUGAUAGUUGAAUACAGCAAAGGUACUUAAAUAUUGUUGCUGGUGAUGCAUUCCAGCAGUUGAACACAAAAGGAUUUUAACUGUCUAUAGCAUUGAUUAAAGAAGUCUUGCACGCCAUAUUCCAAACGUAACUGUGAGUUUAUUUAUCUUUUAAAAUUAGACUUAUUUCAUGUGGAAGCAUAUAAUCCCUACCAUACUCUUGGGAAGAAGGGAUCAAUAUACUGAACUUCCCUGUCUGUACAUAUCAUGGUUGACUUUGUGGCGUUAUGCUUCACACCCUUACCUGCCUGGAAUGUAUGACCCAGGAAGUGGAUCCUGCUGUACUGUUUCCCUAUAGCCAGAGCUGUGAAAUGCCCAGCACUCCCUGAAAUAACUUCAUUGCCAGUCACGUAACACAGUCCGUCUUGGGAGUUGCAUGGGGACAAAUUGAGGGUCAUAUGGUGGCCAUCCCUGCUCUAGUGCAGUGCAAAAUGUAGAUUUCCAGUUCUUCACAUCAGCGGAUCAACAGGAGAGAGAAGCUCAAAACUGGCUUUUUAAUUUUUUUUGUAAGAAGCAAUAAGUAAUCGCUGUCAAAGAAACCUUUCCUGUUGUGAGCAUGUGCUACAGAAAGCCCAUUUAGUAAGUGUGAGACAACACAAUUUCUCUUACCACUAAAAAAAAGUAGACUUUCACAAGGGAAGUGAGAGAAAGGCAAGGGCUGGCUUUCUCUGAAACAAAGAAGCUUGGGAUUUACAGAACCUAAAGCUACCUUGCAAAUAAUGUUUUAUCUGUAAACCAUAAUGAACUGUCAUCUUGACAUAAAAAUCUGUAUGUUUGUUGGAGCAGCUUCUACCUUUCAGGUGUGGUCUUUUCCCACUAUGAAUCAGUUCAGUAAUUCACACCUUCCCUAGAAACUGUGACAUAUCCAUAUUAAGAAAAAAAAUAAAA